AUGGCAAGCAAGUUUGCAGGUUGUGUUGCCCAAAUCGAGAACCGUUGCCAAAGUGGGGCGUCUCCUGAGGAUUUUUUGAAACAAGCGAUUGCACUAUUUGCAACGACGGAGAAGACUCCAUUUACUUUAAUGCACUGCUACAGCAUACUGCAAAGUGCCCCGAAAUGGCAGCAGUAUCACACAGUAAAGAAAUCACCCACUCCAAAAAGGUUAGAUGCAGAAAUUGAUUUGGCCAGAGGCGAAACAGAUCUGCCAGAUCCAGUGCCUUCAUCUUCCGACCGUCCUAUCGGUCAAAAGGCCUGUAAAGCGCAAAGGUUGAGCCAAGGAUGCGCCUCCAAUCACGUCGGAAGUGAAAUAGCGAAAGCGGGGAAUAUGUUGGCUAUUGCUGCGAAGGAACGACUGAUGUACUGCAGGCAAAAGGCACUCGCCUUAAGCAGAAUGGCAAACCACGCCAUUAUGUCUGUGGAUAUUAAUGGUUUAAACGAAACAGCAAGAGAGUUUUACUUGCUGGAACAAAAAAGGAUCCUGAACGAAACCAAAGAGGCUUUCAAAAACGAACUGGAGCCUAGACCGGAGCCUCUAGACGAUGAUAGGGAGGAUGUAGAGAAUACUAUUGAAAAUAAUGAUGUUGUAGAUGAGUCUGAUUCUGAUGGAGAUUUUUAA